GAGCUCAUCCAUCCCAAUCGGCGUCGCAGCAGCAGCGUCAGAUUGGGCGCGUGUCAGAUCUGGACCCAAUGGCGGAUGAGCCGCCACGACCUGCCACCAACCACCAGACACAGAACCAGCGAGUCUACAUUGCAAUGUACGAUUACGAAGCGAACGACAGUGAUGAGGUAUCCUUCCGCGAAGGUGAUAUAAUCUCGAACGUGACGAGCAUUGAUGAAGGAUGGAUGACUGGUCAGGUCCUCCGCACUGGCCGCACCGGCAUGCUGCCCGCCAACUACGUAGAGCUGGCUCCAGGCAAUGCGCGUCUUCCUUAUGCCCAUUAGAACUUACGCCAAGUAAUUAUGUAAUUAUCUAACCUUUAAUACACUGUCAUAAAAAACCAUUAUCAUUUAGUGGAAAUGCAGUUUCUGUCUAUCUCACCGGGAAGUCGAAGAUCGCAUUCGUAAGUCAAAUUUUGCCAGAAAAUCAAUCUAUAAAGUUAAAUUGCCUAGGUAACAAUUUAUAAAAGCUCAGAUCAGGCGCUUAUAAUGUAUUUUAACUAGAUAUCUACCCCUAUAUCAAUACCCCUGAAUCAAUAAAAGUUACAAGUGACUGUUUGUACACAUAGCAGCACAUGAAGCUACACAUUUAGUUCCGUACCACUGGAGGCGAUACUCGAACAAAAUUAUAUAGCUUGAUGUGCUGUAGACUGUACGAUGUAAUUUGAGACAAGAACAAACCGAGAAAGUAAUUAGCGACGCGUGCAGUGGUUAGGCGUUUGACGUGUUUUAUUCUUUUCUCUGAUUAAUCUACCUGUCUGUCUUAGUCAUCGUCAAGCGUAAUUGUGUGUUUUUCAGCUGCGUAAUUUCUUCAAAGUAAAUGUAGCUUCAUCACCAUACGCACGGCCAUUCUUUGAUUAGGAUUCUCGGAUUAGUGUUCACUAUCUAAUCUCAAGUUCAAUUAUUCAAAAUUUUCAAGUAUAUAUAUUAUAGUAUAAUUUUUAAAUAAUAUUUCACAAUAAAAUAAUAAAACUUUUACAUUACAACUUUUACAUUUCAACCAAUCCUAAUCAUGUGGAGCGCUUCUACGUUUGUGAUUGGUUAUAUAUUGACCAAUAAUUUUCAAGAAUCAACGUUCCAGUUUCGAACUUGAAGAAUUUAAUAAUAGAAUAC